AUGUGCCUAGCUACUCGUGUUGCUGACUUUGUGCUCAACAUAUGUUAUUGGUCUCGACUUGCGUCGGCGUUAAAUUCAACUUUCACUCACUACAUAUUUAGGAAAGGUUGUGAUGCAUCAGUUCUUCUUGACGACACUUCUUCUUUCACCGGGGAGAAAACUGCUCGGCCUAACAACAACUCCAUUAGAGGAUUUAAUGUGGUCGAUAACAUUAAAUCUAAGGUUGAGGCUGUAUGUCCAGGUGUCGUGUCAUGUGCUGAUAUCUUGGCCAUUGCUGCUCGUGAUUCUGUUGUUAUACUCGGAGGACCUAGCUGGAAAGUGAAACUUGGAAGGAGGGAUUCAAAAUCAGCAAGCCUUUCAGCUGCAAAUAGUGGUGUAAUCCCACCUCCAACUUCUACUCUUACCAACCUCAAAAAUAGGUUCAAAGCAAGAGGUCUCUCCACCAAGGAUAUGGUCGUUUUAUCAGGUAUUUAAGUAUCUCCUAUAACUUGCAUAGUCAGACAGAUUACGAGUUUUCUCUAAUCUCUAUCUAGCAAGUGGUAAGUCAUUGUAAAAUAUAACUAAACAAUAUUAAAGAAUAUAUUCACACGAGUUGAUGAUUAUGUAUUAUUGAGGAAAGGAAGGCAAAGAUGAACAAAAAUGGUAAAGCAUAGCACAUCGGCGGCGUGGCCCCUUGUUAAAAGUGUUAAAAAAAAAAAAAAAAAAAAAA